UUACCAUCCUUACCAAAACUUAGGUUAAUUUAAAGUUAGUAGUGAUCUGCAGUAGUGACCAUCAGUGACCAUCCUUGUUGUAAAAAAUGGAAAACCAAAAGAACGUUCCAACAAAUGACGAAAUCAUCGACGAAUUAACCAAAGAUUUAGAAUCGCAUUGCAUUCCAGCAGAAGUUGAGUCCAGUGUUCCUAUACCAGAAGAAAAUGAAAAGGAGAGUGUUUUUCCUGAGGAUUUCGAGAAGUCAGACUCGGAGGACGAAGUCCACGAAGAUUCACCAAAUGAUUUGAUUGAUGAGGAAGGGCUGAAGGAGAUAGAACUGAAAUUAUCUGUGGAGGAACUUGAGGAGAGGUAUAAAGAAUCAUUGGAGUUGAAGGGCAAAGGAAACGAUUUGUUCAAGCAAGAGAACUACCUAGAAUCCAUAGAGAAUUACACAUCUGCAUUGAGGAUUUGUCCACUGAAGUACCCAAAGGACAGAGCCAUAUUUUACUCAAACAGAGCUGCCUCCAAAAUCAAAGUGGAACGUACAAAAUCUGCAAUUGAUGAUUGCAGUAAAUCCAUUGAACUCGCUCCUGACUACUUGAAGGCAUACCUCAGAAGAGCCAAAGUGUAUGAAAGUACAGAGAAGCUGGACGAAAGUCUGGCUGAUUGGAAGAAGAUACUUGAACUGGAUGCUGGAAAUCAUGAGGCCAGAGCUGCUUGCAUGAGACUACCACCAAUGAUCAAUGAAAGGAAUGAGAAAUUAAAAACAGAAAUGCUUGGUAAAUUGAAAUCUCUGGGUAAUGUUUUCCUAAAACCAUUUGGCCUUUCAACGGAGAACUUCAACUUGCAGCAGGAUCCAAACACAGGAAGCUACUCAGUGAAUUUUCAACAACAAAAGAAAUAAAUUAUUUUUUGUAUUA